AUGACAGCCCAAGAACACGGCUACGUCCACUCCGCCUCUUUCGACUCCGGCACACUCCCCGUCGGCACCAUCCACAAACUCCACUAUGAACAAUACGGAAAGCCCGAUGGAAAACCCGUCCUCUUCCUACACGGCGGCCCCGGCGGCAGCACCAUCCCCUCCUCCACGGUCUUCUUCACCCCCCUUCACUACCGCAUCAUCCUCCACGACCAGCGGGGCGCCGGGAAAUCCACCCCCAGCGGCGACCUGCGCGAGAACACCUCCGCGCACCUCGUGGCGGAUAUCGAGACGCUGCGGCGCCAUCUCGGCAUCGAGAAGUGGUUCCUCGUCUUCGGCGGGAGCUGGGGCUCCGCGCUCGCGCUGAUGUACGCUCAAGCCCACCCCGGGCUCGUGGGGAGGUUGGUCCUGCGGGGCGUGCAUACGUGUCGGCGCGAGGAGUAUGCCUGGUCUCGCGGGGCGAAUGGGGCGGGGAGGGUUUGGCCGGAUGGGUAUGAGCGGUUCCUUUCUCCCCUCCAGCCACACGAACGCGAGGACCCGAUUAGGGCGUAUCACGACCUCCUCACCUCGGAGGCUGUCAGCGAAGAGGAAAAGGUCGCGGCGACGAGGGAGUGGAAUCGUUGGGACCUCACGCUUUCUUCGAUCAAACCGAGCUAUGAGAAGUUGGAGGAUGCGGAGUGGUGUAGGCAGCAUGCGCGGAUUGAGAGUUGGUAUUUUUCCCAUGGGUGCUGGGUUGAGGAUGGGGAGCUGCUGAGGGAGGAGAGGAUUGAGAGGAUUAGGCGGAUUCCUGCGACGAUCGUCCAAGGCCGCUACGAUAUCAUCACGCCUCCCAAGACGGCGUGGGAUUUGAAGAGGGUUUGGCCGGAGGCGAGGCUGUUUUGGGUCGAUGGGGCUGGGCAUUCGGUUAAGGACCCUGGUGUGCAGACGAAGCUUGCGGAGGUUUGUGAUGAGUAUGCUGUGGAGGAGGGGUGA